AUGGCUGCAAAAAGAAGACUAAGCCCAGAUGAUCCAAGUUCUUUCAGUAGGCCGAGUGAAUGUCGUGUUAAUGCACUCGAUCUUGUCUGGGACAUUGAUUUUAUUAAAAGUAUCAUCAAUGGAACCGCAUAUUUGGAUGUUGAAAAAAGUUCUCCCUCAGUGGAUAGAUUGAUCUUGGAUACAAGGAAGCUUGAUAUCCAUCGUGUGUUCUGCAGAGAGUCUGGUAACAACUUGUUGUAUGAUGUUGAUGAAACUGUUGACAUUUUUGGCUCUAAGCUUGAGGUAAAAUUACCUACUGAUGAAAAACUUAAGCUUACAAUUGGGAUUGACUACUCUACAUCACGUGAGAGUGAAGCAUUACAGUGGCUGUCACCUGAACAGACAGCAGGAAAACGUCAACCAUAUUUAUAUAGCCAGUGCCAGGCUAUCCAUGCAAGAAGUGUUGUUCCUUGUCAAGACUCUCCUGCAGUGAAAUUUCCAUACACUGCUAAGGUCACUGUUCCAAAAGAAGUCAUUGCUUUAAUGAGUGCUUGCAGAAAUGGUUACUCCAUCAGCCGAUCUGACAAUUCGAAGAAAGUCUUUUUCUUCAAACAACCUAUUCCCAUUCCUAGUUAUUUGAUUGCCAUUGUGGUUGGAGACUUGGAGAGCCGGUGUGUGUCAUCUUUUCUUUCUUUUUCUUUUUUUUAA